AUGAAAUAAUGUAUCGUUGCUUUUAGCACAUGUUGUGUUUCUUUCACUACCGGGAAGGUCACAUGACGAAAACUCCACUCUUCACUUUUAGUUAUUCAAUCCAUCAAAAGAUCCAUUGCAAAUUUAAUUACGUUCUCACAUGAACAAAUCCCUUCUCUUCAACCCUUUUCAGAAAAUUUAGAAUGAUACCUAUCUUUUCUUGUUCUUCACAUGACAAAAUCUAGUUGGAGUUAUUAAUACUUAGGUUUGUAGAUCCAUUUUUUGGUCAUUGAGUACCUUUUCUUCUUCAUAUCUUUCUUUUCUUCCUUUCUCAUAUCAGCUUUUGGCUUUCCCAAUAAAAUUAAUUUUGACCAAGAUUGGUUCUUUUUUCUUCACAUUAUAUUCUCUGUUAGAUUUGUUCUUAUAUUUGGAAAGAGAUGGGUAAGCUAAGGUUUGGCAAAGUAUUGGACUGCCUUUGUCUGAAUUCAUCCAAUUCUUGUUUCUGUAUCAGUUCCUUUGACAGUUUUGAUACUGGGUUUGAGAAAAAACCUUUGAUAGAAAAUGAUAACAAAUCCCAAGUUCUCAGAUUGAAAGAUGUUGUUUCUGGUAACCAAACUUUGGCCUUUCAAUUGAAGCCUAAGAUGGUGGUGCUGAGGGUGUCUAUGCACUGCCAUGGCUGUGCAAGGAAGGUUGAGAAGCAUGUUUCAAAGUUGGAAGGAGUGACUUCUUACAAAAUAGAUCUGGAAAGCAAAAUGGUAGUUCUUAUUGGAGACGUAAUUCCUUUUGAAGUGCUAGAGAGCGUCUCCAAGGUCAAAUAUGCUGAGCUUUGGAGUUCUCAAAUUCAGCAAUUAUGAUUCAUCAAAAUACAUACUGCAUUAUAUAUAUAUAUAUAUAUAUAAUAAUAUAUUAUCUUUCUCCUCACUUAUUAAUUGUAUAAGCUUUUUAUUUGUAAUAUGCCAAGUUUCUAAAUCUGUUACUAUAUAUUAUAUUAUUGUCUGGUGUAAUUUUUUGGCACCAGAUUCUAAGUUUGUUGCUGGCUAGCCACCCUACCAGAAUAGUAUAUUGUGAUACUUACUUCCAUUUUAUGUAUUUUCUCUGGGUUUCCAUUUCCCAAAAUGGAAAAUAUAUAUUAAUGGGUGCAAUGCUCAAGGCUAUUGCUAUAUUUUUCUUGACUUAAA